CACGAUUUCUACUCCCAGAAUGCUUCAUUCUACCUCUUCCCUUCCGCGGCCUUAGAAAGUAAGUGAAGAGGCAUACAACUGCGGCCGAUAAUCCAUUUAAUCGCUUCAAUAUCUAUGGCAUCCCGACUCUUACAUUUUGUACUUACAUGUAUUUAAACUACUACUUAGAAAUUUCGGCGUCCAUGCGUGUAUCGGUGUAUAUUUUCACAAAUAGUCAUAUUUGUGAUUUGCUUGGCCCUCAGCCACUUUUAGCAUGGCUAACAAAACCAUGACCGUAAUGUUGUCCCCGGUCCUACGAAUGAGUCUUGAUGAAAUAAAUAGUCCCAGUGAUGUAGUCGUAUGUGAUUUGCUCGUUGUAUUGGGUUUGUAAUUAAACCAGCAACUGUAUGGUAACGUUUGCUAGCUAGCAACUAACACGUAGCGCAUCCAAGAUGUCUGACUUGUGUUUCUCAGUCAAGCAACACACUAACACGUUCGCCGACUAGGUUUAGUUAGCUAGUUAACUAACAAACCGUUUAUCUUUUGCAGAUAUCUGAAAAUGGUCCGCUACUCGCUCGACCCCGAGAACCCGACUAAGUGUGAGUACUGGUGUGAUUGUUGCCCUGGCUUUAUUCAUUAGCUCGCUAAUGCAAGUUAACUGGUUAACGUUAUCUUAUAUCCCUCUGCCAUCAUAAAUCGUGAAGUCUUAUCAGACUUAUCCAUGAUAUUUAGUUAUACGUGUAAUGGUUGUAGUGAUGUCUUUCUUAGGACACCUUUGGAUUACCCAUGAAAAUAAAUAUGAAUGAGGCUGAGUAACCAUACAUUUGCACAUAAAUGGUUUAUUCACCAUGCAUUUCUGUCUUGUGACCUCACUGAUCAUUGCUGUAUUUUCUUCCGCAGCAUGCAAGUCGAGGGGCUCCAAUCUCCGGGUUCACUUCAAGGUAAGGUGUUGUCUUUUCUGAGUGACAUGAGAAGUUGCUUUCAGACAUUUUGUCUACUGUAGUUGUAUCAGUGUGGGAGUUACAUUUGCUGUUGGUUGAUAUGUGUUGGUAGUCAUAAAUGUGUGCAGACUGAAAGGUAUGAUGCUUUGCUAUGAUGACAACAUUGGAGACCUUUGGAGUCAAAUGUGACAAUAUCUAACAAAUAACUGAGCAAUUUUGCAUCCAUGCCUAUUAGACCAAUUUAUAAAAAUCUGUUAUUGAUAUAGCUAGCUACUACAGUAUAUUGAUGUUGUUUGUUACCCAUCAGAACACCCGUGAGACAGCUCAGACCAUCAAAGGCAUGCACAUCCGCAAGGCCACCAAGUACCUGAAGGAUGUUACAGUCAAGCACCAGUGUGUUCCCUUCCGCCGCUACAAUGGGGGUGUCAGCAGGUGUGCCCAGGUAAGCUUCAAUUCAGUAUCGUUUACCCUAGUCUCAAUUUAAAUGUGUAUAUGGGACUUUGCUUGGUUAUCUUUCUGACAAUGUUUACUCUUUAAUAUAUUUCUCAUGUAAAAGUAUUGGGAUUAGAAGCUAUGAAAGGGAUCUUUAAAACAAAUAUUGUUCAACAUAAGGGCAUUGGAGAGGGGAACAACAUGAUUUUCAAUCUCUCUGGCUUAUCAGACCUUGCACGUCUGUAUGAAAUGGUUGCAAUGAUGACUUUCUUAGGACACCUUUGGAUUACCCAUGAAAAUAAAUAUGAAUGAGGCUGAGCAACCACACAUUUGCACUUAUGUCUACAUACAUCUUCCCCAAUGUGGACCAGAAAUGGGGGCACCUAUUCUGGCCUGGUCUUUUAUGCGCACUGCUGACACAACCUUUCCUCUGCAGGCCAAGCAGUUUGACUGGACACAGGGACGCUGGCCCAAGAAGAGCGCAGAGUUCCUUCUCCACAUGCUGAAGAAUGCUGAGAGCAACGCUGAGCUGAAGGUAAUUUUGGUAUAUUUGUUAGGCCUGCCUCUUAUCGUGGCAUGCCUGUAGUUCUCUCUAGUGGAGAGAUUUGUGAAAAGUAUGAUGCUAUCAAGCUUAUAUUAUAAUAUUUAGGAUUUUUCUUUUUGUUGGGGUUCAAACUGUGAAAUGGGCAUAAUUCAUGAUUGCAUUGAUGACCAUUUGGGACACCUUUUGUAUUAACCAUGAAAAUAUUACAUCUGAGCCACCAUGAUGCUUGUAUGAACAAUAUAAUUUAAAGCUGGAAUCCUUAAUUGAAACGAUAAAGGCUGUUUUGGUCAAAAGCUGCGGGAUGGGCCUGAAAUGUUAACCCUCUCAAAUUCAAAGCAAGAGCUAUGAAUGCAUGGACUGACAUCCAUGAUAUAAACAUUUGUUUUAACCAUGUUUUGAGGCUAUAGUAUUUGUUUUAAUAUAAUUUGUUUACAAACAUUGGACUAUAACAAGCUUAUUUUGCGUUCUGAUGGGGUACAACAGUUGAACUAAGCUCAUGAGGCAUUUAGAAGUUUGAGUCUUCAAGAAUCAAUGGGUAUAUAUAAUUAAUUUAAGUCCAAAAAUUGAUGUAGCAACUAAGGAUUCUAGCUUUGCCAUUUUAACACUUAUACGGGUACGAGUGUAAAUAAUUAGAUUUGGGCGCUGAUACACCCCUAAAUUGGAAUGUAGUGGCUGUACAGUAACAUGCGAUGCAUGCCAGAGUUCUGGCUCUGCGCUUCACAGUGGUGUAUGGGUUUUGACUGAUGGCCGUUCUGAACUUGAGCACCACAAAUGACAAGUUGCCCCAUCCCUCCCGCUGUUUUAGGAACUUUUGCAAAUUUUGUUUGAGUGAGGGAAAUGCUGUAAAUUUAAUCAAUUUUAGAAUAAGGCUGUAACGUAACAACAAUUUUGAACAAGUGAUGGGGUCUGAAUACUUUCCCGAAUGCGCUAUAUGCGCACCAAUUACAAAGUUUGUCUGAAUUUCCAUGUAAGAUCGUAUUUUAUUACAUGUUGUCAUGUUGGCAAUAUAACAAGCUUUCAAAUCAUGCCCACCUGACUCAGAUUGCGACUUAUAAUGGACAGUUUUUGUAUUGCGUAAACAACAUUAAUUGUGUGGUGUAUGCAGGGUUGUGUUCCAAACGAAACUACAAGUGUGCUUGCUCUACUUCAACGGCACAGCUAGGAGAGCUCAAAGUUCUUUAUAAACUAGGUUUCCAUCUAAUUGGCGACAGUUUUAAUGCAAAUAUUCAAAAGAUCUGCAUAAAAACAAUAUGCGCAUUUUUCCACCAGAGAUGUUUCCAUCAAAUUGACCUGUUGCGGAUAAAAGCCUGUGAUGACGUAGUGCACAUAAAAAUAAAUUUUGCGGUUAAAUUCCAAUGUACAAAAUAAAUACAGGUAAAAUGGUUUUGUCAACAACAACCAAAAAAACGUUAUAUUGCAACUGUGCCCACUGUGGUCUUGGCACAUGCGCUCUAACCAACGGCUCGCAGAUACAGUGCGGGUAGGAUGGUCUACAUGAGAUUAUUAUGGACAAGUGAGAUUGUCUAAAGGGAGCCAAGCAUUGAGCAUGUCUCCAGAAGAGGACCCUCUAUUUAUUGGAAAGGAGCAUUAAUCACUGUGCACUUUCACCACCUUGUAAUAUAAUAAUAAUAUGCCAUUUAGCAGACGCUUUUAUCCAAAGCGACUUACAGUCAUGCGUGCAAAUUUCUUUUUGUGUACGGGUGGUCCCGGGGAUCGAACCCACUACCUUGGCGUUACAAGCGCCGUGCUCUACCAGCUGAGCUACAGAGGACCACACCUUGUGAAGUUCAUCACUUAUUUCAUUUGUAGCCUAUUAAACUGCAUUCUUUCCCGAGUCGUUACGUGGCUCCCAAGUUUACUUCGAUAUGAUGGUUAUUAUAUCAAUACUUGAGCAUAAAAGCAUUUCCGUUGCCAUUUCAUGGAUAAUUUAUUUUAGACACAAAGAUCCCACCUUGACUAGCGUGUUUUCUCAACAUUUGGAAAGUUUACCGACAAAUUUGGUGUUUCCAUCAGGCCUGUCGUGAAAUGUUUUUUAAGACGUACUUUACUUGUAUGGAAACCUAGUUAAUGUUUUUUAAGACGUACUUUACUUGUAUGGAAACCUAGUUAUAGUUUGAAGACCGUCAUACAAGUGCAUUGAAAUUACUUAACUGUGCACACUUUGGAGGUGUGUGGCCACUUGGAGACACCAGUUAGUCCUCUCACUCAAACCCGUGUCAUUUAUUUUGUAUUAUGUUGCACCUGCCCCAAAUUUCCCGGGGAAUAUUAUGUUACUGUAUUCAGAGUAUUUUCAGAUUGUUAUCAUCAAAUGCAGCAAAAUGUACAGUAUAUGUAAAAUGCAUAUAAAAUCAAGUGUAAUGUUUGGAUUCAGUCUUGUCAGGUGAACUGUUGUCCUCAAUUUUGGUCUAAUAAUUUUCCCAUGAUCUCAAUUUCACUUUCAAUUGCUGCUAUCAUAUGCUUUUCUUAUUUCUUCUGUAAGAAACAUUGUAAUUUAGCCCUAUACAUAUAGGCCAAUUCCCUCAAGGGUUAAGUACUGUAUCCCACAGACAACUGGCCGUGUGUGUGUUAUUUGAUUUUACUUGCUAACCGGUUUAAUCUCUGCUCUAUUCUGACAGGGUCUAGAUGUAGACUCCCUGGUGAUCGAGCACAUCCAGGUGAACAAGGCCCCCAAGAUGCGCAGACGCACAUACCGUGCCCACGGUCGCAUCAACCCCUACAUGAGCUCCCCAUGCCACAUUGAGAUGAUCCUCACAGAGAAGGAGCAGAUCGUUCCCAAACCAGAGGAGGAAGUCGCCACUAAGAAAAAGGUAUGCAUGCUAACGUCUUUUGCAGAAGGUUCUGCUUGGUAUCUUUCUGAGAAUAUUUACUCUUCCCCAUAUUUCCCAUAUAAAAGCAGUGUGAUUAGAAGGUACAAGCUCUUGAUGAACAAUGGUUUACUAUCCUUCUGGCAUAACUCAUUAAGUCUUAUCAGACCUUGCACUUAUGUUUUUUAUAAGUGUCUGUAUGAAAUGGUUGCAAUGAUGACUUUCUUAGGACACCUUUGGAUUACCCAUGAAAAUAAAUAUGAAUGAGGCUGAGCAACCACACAUUUGCAUUUAAGUCUACAUCAUUCUGUCCCUAUGAGGGUAUUAUCGGUAUGUUGGUCUGAUACAUUUUCUUUGUCCUGCAGGUCUCUCAGAAGAAGCUGAAGAAGCAGAAACUCAUGGCACGGGAGUAAUGUAAAUAAAAUGGAACCAUUCUAACCAAAAUGGAAUGUUUGUCUUUUCAUGCCACUUCAUACUUUUUCUGAAAUCCCUACUGCUCAUGUAAAGUUGGCUUUAAUCCAUCUAAAGGCUCCAGGUUUGAUACGACCCAAAUAGAUUGUCAUGUAUCCUAAGGGCAAUGCUGUUAAGUUGCAGAUGAGACUGGUUAUUUUGGUUAUUUACUACAAUGUCACAUGCAGAACUGAUAAUAUUCUAACCAUAAGGGAUGAGGCCAUUGUAGAAAUCUAUUAUUCAAAUCAGCAUGUAUGUACAUUGUAAAAUCAAGCCGUUGGCACUAGUGACUCCAAUGCUGUCUUUCAUAGGCGGGGCAAAGGGUUCUGUAAAAAUGGAAGCGAUAGGCCAAUACACAAUGUGUUAUGAGGAUUAGAUUUCAGAUUAGUGCACAUUACUUUUCAAUCUCAUUUUCAUUAUCUCCAGAUCAAUACCAGUGGAAACGGUAUAGUUAAACAUUUCUACCCAAUGAUAUCAAAAGUUUAAACAUUGUAAACCGUGAUUUUCAAAUACUGAUUUGCGGUGAUCUGGGGCGUGAGAAUACCCUCCUUUGGGCUAAAGUUGUUGCAGGUUAUGAAAAUCAUUGUUAACUUUUAAUCCUAUCCUGUGAUGUCAGACAAGCAUUUUUGUAGGACCUUAUCCUUUUUAACCACAGACCAUAGAAAAGCUCUGUUUUAACAUGUGGACACUGGUUCGGUGCUGGAGAUGAUGAAUAUGAGGUUAGUGGCAGAAUUGGCGUUUA